AUGAUUUACGUUGCAAACGUCAGCAGAAUUGCAUGGCGGAUUGUGCUGCUAGAUCAACGAUUCAGCAGCAACUGUGCAAGCAACAAGAGCAAUGUUAGAGUUCGCUUUGCACCAAGUCCGACUGGUAUGCUGCAUUUAGGUGGCUUACGGACUAUGUUGUACAAUUAUUUAUUUGCACGGCAACAACGAGGUCAAGUAAUCUUGAGAAUUGAAGAUACUGAUCAAACACGUCUAGUUCCUGGAGCUGAUAAAAAGCUAGAAGAAAUCAUUUGGUGGUCUGGCCUACACUAUGAUGAGGGGCCUUCCGUUGCAGGUGAAUAUGGGCCGUACUAUCAGUCUCAAAGGAUUCCUCUCUAUCAAAAAUAUGCCAAUCGGUUGAUAGAAAAUGAUUACGCGUAUCCUUGCUUUUGUACGCAACGAGAAUUGGACCUUGUCAAGAUGCAGAAUAUCAAGAGUGGCUUAAAUCCAAGAUACAACGGUAAAUGCCGUAGUAUAAGUCGUGAAAUUGCCUCGGCUAGAAUUCAGAAUGGUGAGAGCCAUGUCAUUCGAUUAAAGGUUCCCGAUGGCCAGACAAACUUCUAUGACCAGGUGUAUGGUGAAAUGAGCAUUGAUAACAAAUCCAUUGAAGAUCAGGUUUUAAUUAAAUCGGAUGGUUUUCCUACUUAUCAUAUGGCAAAUGUCGUGGACGAUCAUUUAAUGGAUAUUACGCAUGUUUUACGAGGAGAGGAAUGGCUUUCCUCAACAGCAAAACAUGCUUUAAUAUAUAAAGGGCUGACAUGGAUUUGUCCUCAAUUUGUUCAUUUGCCUCUAUUGCACAAUAUAACUGGAGGAAAGUUAUCUAAACGGCAUGGCGAUGUCUUUGUGGAAAGUUUCAAGACAGCGGGCUAUAUGCCUGAGGCCGUGGUGAAUUUUGUUGCAUUCUUAGGCUGGUCUCCUGAUCCUACUGGAAGGAGACAACUGUUUACGAUUGAUGAGAUGAUCAAUGAGUUUAGCUUGGAAAAUCUGAGACGAACGGCGGCAAAAGUUGAUUAUCAAAAGCUAUCAUGGUUUCAGAGGCAAUACCACACUACACGAUGCAAGAAUGAAUCAAAAUUAGAAGCAUUAGUAAGCGAGCUAAAAGAAUUGGUAAUAAAAACGACAUGUAAUGGGUGA